GAUGUACGAUUUGCUCAGGAUGAAAUGCAAAGGACGAAAAACAGUUUUAUGAGUCAGAUACAGGAACGAGAGGGCGAAAUCCAAAGGCUAAGAAAUCAACUUGCAACCAAAACACUAACGUCUACUAGCGAAGCUGAAUUGGAGAAUAGAGUGCGAGCACUCACAGAGAAUCUCAUCCAGAAACAGACCAUGAUCGAGGCAUUAAGUACAGAAAAGAACUCGUUAGUUUUACAACUAGAACGACUCGAGCAACAAUAUCGAGACGUCCAGGCCUCGUCGGCAAGACAUAUCAAAUCAACUUCAGUAACAUUUGAUGGCAUUGAGGAUAACGAUGAAAAUACAC